AGCUCUGCACGCCCCGGGGAGAGAGGAAGAGAGAGACAGCGAGGAGGAGAGGAGGAGAGAGUGUGAGAGAGUUCGCGACGAGGGAUGAGCAUUUCUGGUCUUACAACUGUAGUUUUUUUAGCAAUAUUUUUAAGCGCGUGUGAUGACAUUUUGCCUCGUUUCAGUCUCAUUCUUGAGACGUUCUGUUUUUUUUUUUCCACCGUUAGGCUACUGCAACAACUCGUUACCUUCCCACUUCUUUUGAAGGCAACGGCACUUGUAUCGGGUUGGUUCUCGACAAAAAGAAGAGAAAAAAGAGACAUCGACGUGACUCACCUCCGUGGGUAAAUUCCACACGUGUCCAGAUUCUGACCGAGCUCAAACUUUUAUUCCCUCUUGUGUGACGGCGGGCGGUCAGUCGGAGGAGAGAGGCUCGUCGGGGGAGCUGUCCGGUGCUGAAGACAAACGCUUCGGGAAGGAGGGAGACUGUUCGAAGCAACGGGAUGAAACAAAUACCAAGAGAAGAGCAACGCGUUGUCUCCUGAGAAACUCUCAAUACAAGAAGUGAUUUAUCAUUUUUUGACCUUUCAGAGCCCUCUAUCCCUUUUAGUGGCGAGUUGUCGCCAGGAAAAAAAAUAUUUUUUACAACAAGACCAAUCAAAUGUCUAUUUUAAUGGUAUGCAAAAACAUAAGGAACUGAGUUUGUUUAAUAUUUAAAAGCCAUGUCUCGUCUCAACUUUCAAGGCUAUUUUGAGGUUUCAAUAGUACCUGAACUCAAAGAUUAGCCCUCACUAAAAAGUAAAUUCAGGCUUUUAAAAGUUUCAAACAGAUAUUUUUUCUGGCCCGAAGUGGGUUGAAAGGCAGAAGAAGAGUUUGUUUAUUGAAUAAGUAUCGGAGCAACUGCAGUCCCACCAUGCCUCGGUCUUUCUUGGUGAAGAAAGUCAAAUUGGACGAUUAUUCGGCUGCACAGCUGGAAAGCUCAUAUGGUCACAGUAGAAGAGAAGCCCUCAGUCUACGAUUCCAUCGUCAUGACAAAGGCUAUGUCAGCGAUUAUCUGAGUCCAUCUCCUUAUGACGACGUGGUGGGAAAUGACUCAUCUGUCAUCUCUAAAGUACCCUCCCCCGAGCAUCCGUCCAUCAUCUACAGCCGCAUCGAUGACACCUAUUCUGGCGAUAUCCACGGCGAUUCGGACCAGCCGGACAGCCCCCGGUCUGAGGUCUCGUCGUCGGCCGAGGCGUACAUCAACGGGGACGCGGCUGUGAGCGACGGAUACACAGUGGACGCGUUUUUCAUCAUGGACGGACGGUCGCGCAGGAAAUCCUCGGAGAACCCCAAAGGGACCAUUCAGAGGCACACCUGCAGCGAGUGCGGCAAAACCUACGCCACGUCCUCCAACCUGAGCCGGCACAAGCAGACGCACCGGAGCAUAGACAGCAAGAUGGCCAAGAAGUGCCCCACGUGUGGGAAAGUCUACGUUUCCAUGCCGGCCAUGGCCAUGCACCUGCUGACCCACGACCUCAAGCACAAGUGCGACGUGUGCAGCAAGGCGUUCAGCCGGCCGUGGCUGCUGCAGGGCCACAUGCGCUCGCACACGGGCGAGAAGCCGUUCGGGUGCGCGCACUGUGGCAAGGCGUUCGCCGACCGCUCCAACCUGCGGGCUCACAUGCAGACGCACUCGGCCUUCAAGCACUACAAGUGUAAGCGGUGCGACAAGACAUUUGCGCUCAAGAGUUACCUGAACAAGCACUACGAGUCGGCGUGCUUCAAGGGGGCUUUCUCCCCUCUGAGCUCCCUGGGAGAAUGAUGGAUUCAGAGAGGUUUCCUUUAUGUUUAAAAAAAAAACUACAUCAGAUUUCACUGGCCUCACUCCCUGCUUUUCCUGCUUUGCGACAACAAGAAGAACAAGUGCAAAGGAGGAGUGUUUUCUCCACGAGGACAAUGAGGCAGAUGGCAAAAAAAAAAAUAGAUUGAGGACGUGUUCAUCUUUUUUAUCUGCACCCUCCAAUCCCUCCGUUGUCUUCUCCUUCCUCAUCUGGAAGUGGAGUGAAAAGUUUCUGAUGCUUGAUUCAAUUUGCCACCUGCUUUCGAUAAGACACAUAGCCUUCUGAGGCUGUUUUGACUAUCUGUGAAGAUAAAUAAAGCACAGCAUAUCUAGCUCAUCAUUUUUGAAGAUACCUAGAUCUAUUUAUGUCCAUAUCUAUCCUUGUCCUUUUGUUUCUUAACUCAUGACAAAACAACACUGAAGCACAAUUCCUCUCCCAUCUCUGUCUUUCUUUGACAGGAAUAUUACAGGACUUUUACGCAUGAACCACAUUUUCAGUUUUCUUGCAAUGAGAUUUAAUGAAUAAUGCGUUCUGAGUUUUUUGGGGAAAAAACAAACAAAACAAUACAUGUGCUAUCGUGCUUUUGGUGAAGCUGAGCUCGGACUAAACGUAUAAGGAGAUGAAGCUUCAGAACACAGAAAGCAGAGUAUUUCUUAAACAAUAGUGACAUGCUAUGCCUCUUGUAUACUGUGCUGGCUACUGAAACAUCCACAUUGGGCAACAUAAUUAAUGCCCCCCCCCAUAACACAGGUAAGUACACCGUUGUAGUCCAAAAUAGAUUUUGCACCAAUGUCUUAAAUGGACACAGACAUGCAAGCUAUUACAUUUUCUACAUUACUUUUGGCAUUUGUGCUUUAGUUUACAGCCACCAGUGAAAAGGGAAAGAGGAUUAAAGAGACAAACUGAAGUUCCAAGGCUGACAGAUACCACAGAGCCACAAGGGAAUUCCUUAAUCUGAUGUUAUUUAUCUUUACUUGUGAAUUAUGGACGAGGAAACAGACAUUAGAAAUGUUCUGGUUUUCCUCAAAAAGUUUGAAACUUUGUCAAGUUUUUUGUUGCCAGUGGGCAUCACGGUAUUCAUUUUUGAAGUAUUGUGUCUUCAUAUUGCCUAAUUUAUUUUAUUUAUUUGUAUGUGUUUGUAGAUGGAUUGAUUUUGCACUUUAUUUUGUUAUACUUUACAUUUGUUACAAAUAUGCCAAAGCAUUUGACACUUUCUAAUUAUCAAAUAACUUUUUACUUUUGUCUGCCACUUUAAUUAUAAAAACUACUGCAUGCAAAAAAUAACAAUAGCUUAUUAAUGGAAUCUAUGCCAAUUUUAUGAAUCUUUGGGAUGUUUUGCCAAACCUCUUAGAUAAUAGGCAAAUUAAGCAAAUUUCUUUCUUCGGCAAUAUAUUUCAUUCAUAUCCAAUAGAGCAAUAAUGCAUGAUAUUUUUGAAGAGACGUAUCACAACUACUUCUUGAUUUUUCAAGUACCACUAUUCUAUGUAGUUAUGAGAAAUUGAAUUUCAGGGAGUUAGCAAACCAAGUUAGUGUUAAAUAUGAAGAGUUGGGUUAAGAGCUCUGUAUUAAGAGGGAUUGUAGCACUGUUGUGAUUCUUUGAGGCUUUCUCCAGUGAUUUCUGUGAUUGUUAAGUGUUUGAGCGGCUCAAAUUAACAAAAGCAGAGAGUACGUUUUCUAAUUUCUGCUGAUUUAGUAUGAACUAUAAAAUGAUUGCCUCCUAGUUAUAAUUCUAUUCUUGGCAUCAUUAGCUUGUGGACAAACAUGUUUGUUGUAUUCUGAGCUGUUAGGGCUUCCAGGGAUUAACACAGAUGGCACAACUUCUUUAGGUAGAGGGCUCUGGGUUGAGUCGGGACGGGUCUUUUUGUACAUGGUUUAUGCACUGCCUGCCUCGUAUUAAUAUACUAAAAUAUUGUAGAAAGUAGAGGGUACUUCUGUAGGCCUCUGGUGCUGAAACGUGGAUGUUAAACACAAACCUAAACGAAAAAGCAUUGAUAGUGUUGGUACUUACUGUGUUCAUGGUUUGAAUUAUUGAAAAGGUGAAACACAACUUUGCACAACAUCUGUGGUGCUGGGACGUGGGACACUUUAACCCUCAGUCGUUCUGAGCUGGUCCCUGCUGGUCCCCUGAGGUUGUAAACAGUGAUAAAGAAUCAAUCUCCUUCUUUGUUUCGCUCUUCUCACUGAAUCCCAUCGAGAGAUCAGCUUCUCUCCUCGACUCUGCACACAAUGUUCAUUUCCAAAAUCCAUGUGAGGACUCGAGAGCUACCAGCACUUAUCCAGCUGCACAGUUUCAGUUUGUUUACUUACCACCAGCUCUAGAUGUUGUGAGCCUGUUGUUGCAAUUCCCAAUGCAAUUAUAAAGAGAGAAGAAAGAGUCCAGUCAUUGGUCAAUAUUUCAGCACCAGAGUGCAUCAACAAACACUUAGAUUCUACUAUGAACUACUGUAGCCUACUAUAGCCACAAGCUAGUUUACCUAUUCUUAUAUAAAGCACUUCCUGUUACGGAUUAUAUCUUACAACUUGUUUUUGUUUAAAGAUAGUAGCACAAUGAAAGAGUUUAGAUUCAGGUAGACAAUGCCUUGUACGUAGAAAUAACAACCUCUUUCUCCUUUUGUACUACGAUGAAUCAAAGGUAAAAACAACAGCGAAGACGCUGACGUGUCCUUCAACUACAUGUGAAAUAUGCUUUACAAUGACACGUGGUAUAAAUGGACACCUUCAUUACAUGUUAUGUCGAUUUUCAACAUUUUUGUGUGAGAGCAUCUUCACCACAGCUUUUUUAAGAGUGAAUGAACUGUUUUGCGGCAAGAGGCCUUGUAAAUAAGCACUGAUGUGACUUUAGAGUGCGAUUAUUUCUACAGAUGUGUAUAGACUAACAGUGACGAUGAACAUGAUGUAGAAGAUGAUGAUGAUGCCUAUGGUGAUGAUGGAGAUGGAUUUUUCUGGAGCUUCCUGCUUUGAUUUUUGUUCUUCUGCUGAGGUCUUUUUUGGACCUCCGGUGGGCGUUUGAAGCAAUGUAAAGCACAAAGACAACACUGGGCAUUGUGUUUCACUUUGUAAAUAAAAACUAGUUUAAAAGAG